AGCUUUGGAGCAGAAGGGUUGCGUUCGGGUCAGACAGCUAAUACCCAGAGCUGCUUGACUUCGGCUGACAGGGUCACGGAUGGCUCCUAGCUGCAUGGUCCACGUGGAAGAAGAGAGGGUGCUGGCGAAAGAGAAGAACAAGCUGAGGAAGCCAGUGGUCGAGAAAAUGCGCCGCGAUCGGAUUAACAGCAGCAUUGAGCAGCUGAAGGUCCUUCUGGAGAAAGAAUUCCAGAGGCAUCAGCCCAACUCCAAGCUGGAGAAAGCAGACAUCUUGGAAGUGGCUGUCAGUUACUUGAAGCAGCAGCAGCAUCAAGUUCAGGCUCCUGCACUGAGCCAGAAGAAUCCAGAGCUUGAUUUCAACACCGGCUACCUGCGUUGCUUGAAGGAAGCGCUGCAUUUCCUCUCCUUCUGCGAGCCCAAGAGAGAAACGCAAGCCCGGCUGAUUAAGCACUUCUGCAAAGUCCACGUGAUCGCAGACAGGGUGCAGCCAGGCACUCCCGUCUCGGGCUGCCUGCCACCAUCUCCUCGCGCCCCACCCAAGAAACAAGCUGUCAGCAAGAAGCCCCCAGCGCCUGCCACGGUGCUCUGGAGACCGUGGUACGGACCUGAAGCCAAACAGUUUCUUCGCUUUCCUGGGUUAAUCAUGGCAACAGCCGGCGCUUCGCUGGAAAUCCAGCCAUCCAAAGCAAAAAACAGACUGCAGAAGCCGCUGGUGGAGAAGUUGCGCCGCGACCGCAUCAACGGCAGCAUCGAGCAACUGAAACUGCUUCUGGAGAAGGAAUUCCAGAGACACCAGCCCAGCUCCAAGCUGGAGAAGGCUGACGUUCUGGAGAUGACUGUCAGCUACCUAAAAUACAGCCAAACAUUGGCGACUUCGUCUGUAAGCAGAACCCAGGAUUACAGCAAAGGCUACUCCUCCUGCCUGAAGGAAACUCUGCAAUUCCUGGCCAUCCACUCAACGAACUCCGAAACCCAGAGCAAGCUCUUAAGCCACUUCCAGAAGCCUUGGGAGGUGGCUAGCAAGGACACCUCUCCACUUUCUACCCCUGCUCUGCUUCAGAAGGGGUCACCCCAAGGCGCCGUCUCAAAACCAGCCUACAAAUUGUGGAGGCCUUGGUAGGAGAGAGCUCUUAUUCUCAACAUGUGUUUAAGACAUCCAGGAGGAGUUGGCCACUUGCCAUGCAAAUCCUGCACCGCACCUCAGGAGAAUAUGUACGGCUUAAUAUGUAUUGAUAUCUGACUGACAGAGGCCUUCCGCAUUCAGAAAGGCAAAGUGAUCAGAAAAGAAAAACCAUUCUGAAAGAAUGAACCAAUGUCAUCCUUUUAUUGGGAGAAUUCCGGGCAGCUGUUCCAAGCGGAACAACAAAUCAUUAUAAUCGUGCUGUGUUCGGAUCUUGAGGCUUAUUAUUAAUUGACAGAAAGCAUGCAGAGAUGUGUGUGUGUGUUUGAGGUUUGUUUGCAAAAAAAAAAGAGUAACUUCUAAGAAGUUUUGGGGCCGUUUUCUUUUUUCAAGAGUCUCUGUGCUUUGUGUGGCUUCCUUGCAACCACAGCAACAGACUGGCC